GUAGCAACCCUGACAAGGGCUGCUUCUGAACUGCUUUGAACUUGAGAAACCGCUGGAAGUGAAGAAUACUUUGGAUAAGUGCUAUCACCUAACGAGGUAACGGAAUGGAGAGCAAACAGCAAAGCAAUGGUGAGAUGAAAGAAAAUAAGGUGGUGAAGAAAAAAGUGAAUUGGUCUGGGAGUCUUGUUGUUGCCUCUUUAACUGGUGCUUUCGGAUCAUCUUUUCUUUAUGGUUACAAUCUCUCAGUGGUGAACGCUCCUGCAACGUAUAUCAAGAAGUUUUACAAUGAAACUUGGGAAAGAAGAUACGGUUUCUCAGUGGAUGAAGGCACACUGACUCUCCUCUGGUCCAUAACUGUUUCUAUUUUUGCCAUUGGUGGCCUUGUGGGUGCCAUUAUUGUUACCCCAAUUGUGAAGUUCUUUGGACGGAAAUGUACUUUGCUGCUCAAUAACGUGUUUGCGGUGACAGCUGCAUUGUUGAUGUCCCUCUCCUUGUUAGCAGGGUCAUUUGAAAUGCUCAUACUGGGCCGAGUUAUAAUGGGUGUUGAUGCAGGCAUUUCUCUGAGUGCCCUUCCCAUGUAUUUGAGUGAAAUAUCUCCUAAGGAAAUCCGUGGUUCAUUGGGUCAGGUCACAGCAAUUUUCAUCUGUAUUGGUGUUUUCACUGGUCAAGUUUUGGGGCUGCCAGAAAUAUUUGGGCAAGAAUCUCGAUGGCCUUACUUAUUUGGAGCAAUCAUUGUUCCUUCAUUGAUACAAGUCAUGAUUCUGCCUUUUCUUCCUGAGAGUCCUCGUUACCUCCUACUUGAAAAACAUAACACAAGCAAGGCAGAAAAAGCAUUUCAGACUUUCCUUGGGAAAGAUGACGUGUCUCAGGAAGUAGAAGAAGUUUUGGCAGAGUCUCGAGUCCAAAGAAACACCAAGUUAGUGUCAAUACUUCAGCUGCUGAGAACCCGUGCCGCGCGAUGGCAGAUCAUUACGGUGGUCGUCACCAUGGGCUGCUACCAGCUCUGUGGGCUAAAUGCUAUCUGGUACUACACAAACAGCAUCUUUAGUGAAGCUGGAAUCAAUCAUGAAACAAUCCCCUAUGUUACUCUAAGUACUGGUGCUGUUGAGACUGUGGCUGCUGUUCUUUCUGGCUUAGUUAUUGAACGACUUGGGCGCAGGCUUCUUCUCAUAGGAGGUUUCGGGUUGAUGGUUGUCUUCUUCGCAGUACUUACUGUCUCUCUGACUUUACAGAAAACGGUGCAUUGGCUUCCUUACCUCAGUAUAUUUUGCAUCCUUGCAAUCAUUGCAUCAUUCUGCAUUGGACCAGGUGGCAUUCCAUUUGUGCUCACUGGAGAGUUUUUCCAGCAGUCGCAGAGGCCGGCCGCAUUCAUGAUAGCUGGGACAGUGAAUUGGCUCUCCAACUUCGCAGUCGGACUGCUCUUCCCUUUCAUUCAGGGUGGUUUACAGACCUACUGCUUCCUAGUGUUUGCUGCCAUCUGCUUUGCAGGAGCUACCUACCUGUUUUUUGUGCUGCCUGAAACAAAAAAUAAGACAUUUCAUGAGAUCAGCCAGGCAUUUGCUAAAAGGAAUAAAGUAUCUUUAGAAAUGCAAGAAAUGAACCACCAUGCGGGGGAGAGGAAAUCAAGUGCAGAACAAGAAUCAAACUUUACGUCUGCAAUGGACAAUGGGGAAACCAAAAAGGCAAUUGUGUAAACCCAGGAUGCUCUUUUGGGGAAAGUGGCAAUUGUGUAAACCCAGAAUGCUCUUUUCAUUCAGUACGUUUAUAGCAGUGCUCAACUUGUAUUUUUUAAUGUGACAGCCUGAACUGCUUCCCCCUUUAAUAUGUUUUAAGUGAGUAUGGGUGAAUUCAUUAGCAGCUAGGGUGAUGGCUGAGGAAAUGAGAGGUGGGAGUAGCAGUAGCUGAUUAAAUAAAUCAGAGCCCAGGUUUUCUUGGGCACCUGUGAAACAGGUGCUGUGGUGAAUGGGGUGGAGAAUAUAGACUUGGAGAAGUGCCAGUGGGGAGCUGGAGUUGUGAGCAGCAGCUGGCUGAGCACCCCUGUGUGCUCCUGGGGAGGUGUGCAUGCAGUCACUGGGGAGCAGGGGAAGGUGGCAAGGAAAAGGGAAGAGAUCCCAGCAGGGUUCUGCUAAGAAUUGAUGCAAAUGAACUUGAAAUGGUACCAACUCAUAUUGCUCCAUGUUUCCCACUGUGUCAUUCAAGUUGCACAUGGUAUUUGAAGACCUGAAAAAAGACUCAUGACACUCCCCUGACCUCCCAUUCCUUUUCCAGAUAAUUUGACUUUCAGUUUGCUUUGUUUUGAACAUCUCCCACCUUCCCACAAAUGGAGAGCUCCAGGUCCUGAUGCAUUUCCUUGUCUGUCUUGCAAGUCCUGAUCAAUUAGAGAGUUGUCUCUAGUUUCUGGGUUUGCUGGCACUUUGUUGCUAUGGAUAUAUAUUUUUUCUAAUUUUAUUUUUUAAGAAUAGCUAUAGAAGCUUUAAUAUGAAAUGAAAACACUAAACCUCAUGGUGAAGUGAGAGGACUGAUGGUACAUGUAGGGUGUAGCAUUAAAAAAAUAAUCAAACACCAAAUGUUCCAAGGGUUGGGGGGGUUGAUUUUUUUAUUGCUUUUCUUUGCAAGUUCCUUUUAAAACAAGUCUUAGAAUCUGAAGCUCUGGGCCUAGUUUGCAUUAAUAAGUUUCUAAGCUUUGUAAAACUGUCCUCAGGGUCUGUCUAAUUUCGUGGUAGAAAGCAGGCUAUCAAUGGUUAGGUGAUCCAUCCCCUUCCACAUGGGAAUUUUUUUUUUUAUGAACAUCAUCUUUCCGGUUUGUAAUUUUGAUAACAGUUUUUCUUGAUCCUUCUAGGUACCUGGAUGCUGAGGGGGUAAUAAGCACUUUUAAGUGAAAUAGCUGUUUUAUAUGAAAAGUCAGUAAGUCUUAGAGCUGCUCUCGGAUAGGAGUAAGGCACAAGAAGGAAGUAUGUAGGUAGAGCCAGUUGCUUCCACAAGUUAUACUUGCUAAUCCAGAAGUUUAUACAUUUGGAGGAUUCUGGGGGGAAAAUUGUAUAUAUAUUCAUAUAUACACACACAUACAUGCAUAUAUGAAUAUAUGUAUUCCAAAUAUAGACAUGCAGAUUAAUAUUUGUAUUCACAUGUGUAUAUAUACACACAAUGCAGAAUUGUUCUCCAGUAUUUGUUUUUUUCAGAUUUCCCCAAGUGAUAAGCUGUCUGUUUUGUUCUACACUGUAGAUUACACUGUAAAUGAAAAUCAGAGAUCCUAAUGUUCAGUUAUUACUAAAUUAUGUGUAUGGUUUUAUACUGUGCGUUAUUUAUAUGUGGCAUACCUGCUACACACAUUGUAAGCUGACCUAUAAGGGCAAUUUCACUGCUGGGUAAUAGACGAAAAUUUGAUCUGAGCCUUUAUUCCAGAAUUUAUGCUUUUUUACUGGGAUAGAGGUACAGCAGCAAGUAAGAAAAUGAAAAUAUGUAUGAGCAAGAGAAUUAAGAAUGAAAAAAUCAGAUUUAUAAUAUUGGUGCUACUGUUAAGAAACCAAGUGAAUCAUGAUUAUACCAACUGAUAAUCAUAGAUGGAAGCUAAUCAAAUACUACAGAGAAAACUGAAGAGAAAUAUCUUCUAAUAACCACUUGGAAAAUUAUAUAUACAGCAAAUGAACAUGUUGUCUUUCAGUGGUUUUAGUUGCCUAUUCCAUGUGUUACAUGAGGCUUGCUAAGUGAACAGCUAUGUAAAAAAUGAGUUUGAAUGCCACCUCUCCAGACAAUUUCAGGAAGAAAUUCUUCCUCUUGCCCUGCAGGGCAAGACUGGCAAAUUCAGACCCUCUCGUUCAGGUUGAGAAUUACCUUAUUUUGCAAUAACAGCUACUAACUGGUAUAAUAUGAUCUGAUUUGAGUCAAGGUGGCAAGAUUGGAAACCAUUAUUAUUAUUAUUUGGCACUUAGUGCUGUUCAUUAAUGUACAUUACAGGCAUUACUUGUUGAUAAUGUUGCCAAUGGAUAACUUCAAUAAAAUAUCAUGUUGGCCUGAUAGGGCAGUUGUAUUGCACUUCUGCAACAAGAUAAAAUCAUCUUACAGUCGCACUUGGAGCCCGGCUCUGAAUGUGUUGGUAAAGAGAUGGCUUUAUAGAAUUUACUAUCACAGGUCAGGGGCUUGUACGGCAUUAACAACAGAGGCUUGUGUUUUUCUCUUCUGUAACCCCAUUUUGCCCAUCUCUUGCCCUGCCUGAGAUAGCAUACACUAGAUAGGCACCUUCUGUGCAGCUGCAAAGAAGCUGCUACAAACCGAGUAUGCCAGGGACGGUGGUUGCACGUUUCACCAGCAGCUUGCUGCAGCCCUUGGUACAUGUCAAAAGCAAUUCCAGUCUGCAGUUGUGUAUGUGUGUGAGUGCUUUGCUCGCUGGCCAGGGAAGGUGGCUGCAGUCUCUUCUGCCUUGGGUUGUAGAAGUUUCUAAGCAAACUUCAUAUGUGCCGGUACUGCACUAACUUUCUCAUCUCUGACCCUAACAAAAGUUUUGUGUUGUUCCGUAAUGGUUUUUUCUGUUGUUAUGCUGCUAUAGCUUCUCCAGCAAUGAGAGGAAAAAUUGGAAUAUAUCAGCAAUUCAUCAUUUGUUUUUUCUUGUUGAACGUAUCAGAUUAUCUACAGCCCAUGUCUUUGUCAGCAGGUGUUGUGUGGUGCCAUGUUCUCUUUUCCUGUGUGUGACGUUGGGAUGAGGUACUGUGAGAUGGUGUUUGUACAGAUACUGCAAGUGGGUUACGUGUGUGUGAUCCAGUAUGUUCCCGCACACUGCCUGCAAAAUAAACCUUGGGAACUAAACUAAAA